GCUCCUUCUGGCAAUCCCUUGAUUUGGAGGUCGAAGCUUGUUCCUGAAGGCGAAUUCUCGUCUGCUAUACGAGGUCAUUAUGCCUACAAAGCGACAUGGUCUCCAACUAAGACUCAAAUUCCAAGCUAUCAGUGACAUUCAACGCUUUAACCUUCCAAUCGUUCCGACAAAUAAUAGCAACACUACCACCGAUCGGCGAGCCAGGAAGUGACUAAGAUGGGGGUCUGUAAUAUCGCCACAGUAUGGACUAUAAUGAGGUCGGGGUUUUGAGAGGCCAGCGGCGCAUACCCAACAAAAAUUAACCCAAGUAACCCCUCCCUCCCUCCCCCCCCCGGGUUGGAACAAGGGUGCUUAGUCAAUAGGGGUGCUUAGUAGAAAGUCAGCGCUUAUUUUUACGCACCAUUCAUGGUGUUGUGAACAUGCAUGGAGACUUGACGUAAGCGCAGUAAAAAAGACAAGUUUAAAAUAGCAGGUAGAUUGUUUAACAGUAUCAAAAAUAACCAACAUUUAAUUUUAUCUGUCACAUUUGAAAUUCAGUAAAAUUAUGUUUACCAUAGAUUUGUUUUAAUAAUAACUUAAGAGACCGUACUGAAAGAUUACAAGAAGGGCAAUAAAUACUAGUAUUGGUGUAGCCCCCCAUGACCCUCCUAGGUCCGUCAAGUAAAAUAGAAGCCAAUGAACUACGCAACCUGUAAGACAUUACUUACCUUUAAUAAGCAUCCUUUUUUUCACUAGCUCCUUUAGAAAUAGAAGCACGUGGAGAAAAAGCACAGCUCGCUUAUCAAAGUGCUCUUAAAUAUGGAGCUGUUAACGUUUACCGUGGUCGAGUAUUGCUUAUUGGACAGGAUCGAGCAGGAAAAACAAGUUUGAAGAAGUCUCUCAUUGGUCUACCAUUUAAUUCAAAAGAAAAAAGCACUGAUGGAAUUGAAGUGGAUCCUUCAAAAUUUCAGUUGGACGUUGGUGAAGUCAGGAAUUGGCAAUCUAUUAAUGAGAGAAAACAAGGAUUGAUGGGAUGUUCGAGAGAUGUGGCACAGAUGGUGGUGGAAAAGAUGUAUGAUAUUCCAGUUAGCCGUGCCUGGGUUCAGGAAGAGGAAAGAGGUGAAGCCAUUCUUCAAAAUGAUGAUAACAAGAAUAGGAAACAGGUUGAUACUUAUGGAGAAAAGGAGGAAGUUUCUCUUGUGAACCAGGUUUGUCUUUGUUGGUUUUGAAGUGUGAUGUUUUUUCGCGAAUCCAUCCUUACUGCAAGAACGUCCUAACAGUAGUUAUUAUAAAUUGAUUAUCGCCUUCUUCAUAGGUUAGGUUAUAGUGACUUCCCUGCCCUUUGCCACGGUCUCUGUAUGGAAAAUAUGUAACAACUGCCAGAUCGUUUUCUAGCUCGUUUUCCAAUGCUGGUUAAAAAUUUAAACCAGCGCUUUUAUACUUGUAAGUUUAGUUCCGAGAGUAGAAUGAUACUACUAUCAACCAUUUAGUUAUGUUUCCAUGAUUGUACCCAUCUACACGUAAGCUGAGCCUUUGGGUUAGUAGUGCGUGUGCAAACCAAAGUGAGUUUAGCCAUAUCUUUAUUCAUACUUUUAAGUGUUAAUUAGGCCUUGAACAUAGCUCUCCCUUCUUUUGUUGUUGUUGUUAAUCACAAUUUCGUUAUUGUUUUCUUUUUUAUCCGAGGAGUAAAGCCAAGGGGCUGGCAGGACUCAAUCAAACACCAUUUUCCUAUAUGUUCUUAAACUCACUGUUCCUUAAAAAAUGCAAGAACGUAUUAACGUACGUUUUGGAUACCUCAUGGCUCCAAUAAUCGUGCCUCAAUGUUUGAGCUUAUUAAGAAUUUUCUGUCAUCAAAAACAACUUUAAAUGGGUGAAUAAUCGAAUCGGAGGGUGAAGAGGAGUAAUUAGGUGUUCAUUAUUUCAUCAUUCCAACUCGAAAAUUUUCCUUGUUCCAUUAUUCCAGAAAAAAAAGAACAAAUUAUUCCGUUGAAAACAUAUGCUUAUUCCAUUAUUCCGCGCCAAAGAAUCAGAAUCAGAAUCAACAGUUAUUAUUUUUUUUCGCACUCUGCUACAGGUUGGUGAUCCAAACGAAGACGGUGUUAGUGAACUCACAUUAACAGAACCUGAUCAUGAGUUAGUGGUUGAUACUACUUCACCUCCAGAGGAGAUCAAGGAUCGAGCUGUAAAUUUGAUAAAGUAUAUGAAAGGUGAUAAUGUUAAGCCGGAAGAAUCUGUUGUCAGUAUUGAACUUUGGGAUUUUGCUGGACAACACCUGUAUUAUGCAUCCCAUCCUGUAUUUUUAUCAUCACGUGCGCUGUAUAUCCUGGUGUGCAACCUCAGCAAGUCACUGCAUGACACAGCCAAGCCCUGUGUGAGGCAAGGGUCUCGUAAUGUUGAUUUGGAAAACCCAAAUGGAGAAACAAAUCUUGAGAACUUGUUGUCUUGGCUGUCCACAGUGCAUAGUGUCGCACAAAUGAGAAGAGAAACCUGUGAUGACGUAGAAAAAGAGGUGCCUCAUUUGCGCCCCCCAGUGAUCAUUGUAGGAACCCAUGCAGACAAACCAUUUGAAGACAUUGCAACAAUGAAAACAGAAAUCCAGAACGCAAUUGCUGGUAAGGACUAUGAAGGACAUGUGGUGCGGACUAUCUUUAGCAUUGACAACACUGCGAAGUUACUUCAAAAUAAGAUCAGAAAUGUUUUUAGGAAAGAUGAAAACAUUGAUGACAUCCGAGCUCUACGGGUCAAAAUCAUGGAAGUGCUAAGACAGGAGCCUUACAUUGGGGAGAAGAUACCUGUGAGGUAAAUAACGUUUAUACAAGAACACAAUCCAUUAACAUUAAUAAUAAUUUCAUCAGUAACUCAUUGACUCUGACGGUUUACUAAAGCGUGACCACAAACAGGGUGUUACGAAAACUAAGACCCUCGAAAACUAGGGCCUAAAACACUUAAAAGACCCGUCUUAGUUUUCGAGAUUAUACGAAAACUUAGACGCCCUAAAAUCGAAUCCGUCGAAGUAUAAAAUUAAGUUAAAACCGAAGUUGAGGUAUAAUCUGUCAAAUUAUCUUCUGUUCGAUCCUUUCCACGUAGUUUUAGGUGAAAUUCAGUCGAACCUGAAUUACAUGGUUUCCCUUAUGUUAAUCAACCAGAUACUGUUCAUUUCUUAUGACUGCUAGGAAAUUACAGUUUUUCCCCCUGAGUGACGGGCUAGAAUUCACCAGCCUCUAGGCCUUAAGCGGAUGUUUUGGCCGGGUGUUAGGAAAACUAAGACCCUCGAAAUCUGAGACCUAAGACCCCAUAUGUAUUCAUAUGAAUUUAUAUGUCUACAGAUUAGAAGAAGCGGAUCGAGUGGAUGAUAGUUUUCAGUAGUUUUACAGAAUAUAGUCUUUGAACGGUCGUAAUCCGACUUCAUAUAUAUUUUACGGAUUAGUUUUGUGGGGUCUUUCGUAUCUUUAUGAAACCUUUUUUUGAGUAUAACACUCCGAGGGAUACAAUCAGAAUGAAAUAAAAUUGAUUAAGCUAUUCUUAAAUGCUGUAAUAAAAUUUCGGUCAUUCCAAAGUAAUUCAAUCAAUCAAUGUGUUCUAUUUUCAAAACUAAGUGUUAAUUGUUCAAUUCUAUAAUCUCGGUUAAUCAGCUCAUAACUCGAUAUGACAGGGUCCUUGUUUUUUUAAUUAACGAAACUACGAAAUCUCAGACCCCUACAUCUCUCGCUAAAUUUCACCUAAACCUCCAUGGAAAGGAUCGGACAGAAUAUAAUUUCAGUAAUUUGACAGAUCAUACCUAUCUUUAGUUAUAAUUUGACUUCACACUUCGACGGAAUCAAUUUUAGGGAGUCUUCGUAAUCUCGAAAACUAAGGCGAGUAUUAGGUCUUUGGUCUCAGUUUUCCUAACACCCGGCCAAAACAUCCGCUUAAGGCCUAGAGGCCAGUUAAUUGUAGUCUCUCACUCAGGUGGAAAAAAAUAUCAUUUCCUGACAGUCAUUAGACUGUUCACAGUCCCCUAUUUUUCCGUAAGACCGUCGAGAGUUGAGGGCGGCUAUAUAAGAUAAGUGUCAAAUCUACUUAGGAGGCGGGGAACGGAGGUAUAAUCUCCGAUGCUCCCCCCCUCGGCUCGGUACAUUUGAAAAUCAAGAUGGCCGCCAUUAACGGUAAGAUGCGCUAUAUCUCGACGAUCUCACGGAAAAAUAGGGGACUGUGAGCAGUCUAGGCAGUAAUAAGAAAUGAAUUUGUGCCAUGAUUAAAAUAAGUUAACUAUGUAAUGCAGGUUUGACUGGCCUGAAGAAAUAUUCUGCCCUAGAGUGUUUGACAGAAAAAAAUUUUUUGUCAUUUAGCUUUUAGGAAUCAUCCUCGGAGACCCAGGGGCAGAUAAAGGGGAGGAGGGAAAGUCUAAACGGGCGGAAAAAUAUAUAUGGAACGAAGAAAAGUAAAGAACGGCGAGAAGAGCCCCUGGGGACAAUGUCUUACCAGACCAGUUCCAAACGGUCGCCGCCGUUCUGGCUUCUGAUUGGUGCCAGAAAAACACAAGUUUUCUGGCACCAAUCAGAAGCCAGAACGGCUUCUUUUCUUCGUGCCACAUUUUUCCGCCCGUUUAGACUUUCCCUCGCUCCCACUAUCUGCCCCUGGGUCUCCGAGGGUGUUUAGGAAUUAGCCGAAAAGCACUGUGUGGAUUUCAUUGUCGUUCAAAAAUUUUUAAAAGUGUAGUAAACUUCAUACUCAUGAUGUGGUUUUCCAGAACAUCCAUGAUUACUUAGCAUUCGAAACAUCAAUCAAACCAGGUAUGCUUUGUUUUUGUGCGUCACAGACCUGGUCUCAUCUGAUUUGUGGUCGCAGAUUACAAAUGCUUUGGACCGAUAUUUAUUGGAAUCGUGUUUGUGCGAAGGUUUAUAAGAUCAGAGUCUUCUAAGUAUAAUUGGAGAUGGAGCAGUGGAGACUAGGGAAGGCCAAUUUAUUGAGAAUGACGGCGUGCGGAUCUGACUGGAAAAAAUGGACUGUUUGUUGGAGAUAACAUCAACAUAAAUCAGAACAUCGGUACUCGACACUAGCUAAAGCCGCCAUGGACAAGCGAUUUGUCAGCUUUUUGAAAUGAAAAGAUUCUUUUUGUUUAUUGGAAGUUUAGCGGCAUGUAUUGUAGAGAACGUUUCGACACAGGCUGAAGAGCAGCCGCUCUGCAAAAUUUAUACCAGGCGGAGUGAAUUGUUCCGGACAAAUCAUUUUUUGACGUGUUGACAAGGUUUCAGACGAGAUAAAGCCACACAAUAAAAAACAAGAAAUUCCGCAGCAAUCACUCAUAGUUUUAACUUUCUUUUAUCGUAAAUCUUUUUUAUUACAGUUCUUGCAAUCGCCUGCAACGUGUUCUAUUAGAGAACAAAGUAAUUUUACAAAAAGUCUGGUAAUCCAGGGGUAAUCUGUUCGUUAUGUUUCUAUUUUGACGAGCUGUCAAUUUACAAAUGAACCGAACCGUGAAAUAUCAAGGGGCGUUUUCCAGAAUCGUGGGGUUUGUGGGCAAGCGUUUUCCUCUUCUCCCCUCCCCCUCCCCCUUCAACCUUUUUUUUGCUUCUGCUCUAACUUUCGCGUAAAAACUCGACUGGAAACGCUUGCUACGCAGGCUACGACAUUUUUGAACUGUCUUGAAGGCUUUCCCUUACGCAUUUGAGAUCGCCUGUUAUGAAUAAAAGGGAGAUUUGAGCCCUAUAAUGCUUCAGGAAAUAUUUUACGACAGUUUGAAAAUUUCCAAAUUUUCAGGAGUUUAUAUGGAAAACCACUCAAACGUGACUGGGUUGGAAGAGUUGUUUUUCCCUUCUAAUUUUCGGCGGCCGUUACGAUCGCUACUUUUGAGAUAUAUGGCUGGAAAUUGACAGGUUACCUAAUCUUAAUAUGCUCUUUCAGUUCUUGCUAACAAUUUUUGAAAAAGCGAACUGUCUUCGUGCAUACAGAAAGUUGACCACGAUCAACUAAUGCAAAAGGCCUAUUAACCCUGAAAAGUCCCAAUAGUGACCAACAUCAAUUUUCUCCUAACGAUAUCCAUACAAUUUCAGGAGAUCAGGUUAUGAGAAUUAAUAAAAUGAUCGCCUGAGAGAAAAUGCUUUGAUCUUUUAUCAGAUUCUCUCAACUCAUUCCUUAAGAAAAUGUAUAGAGAUCAGUUUGGAGAAUUAAUACGUGUAUAUUGGGGCUUAAAGGGUUAAACCAGUUGUUUUAGGUCAGCUUAUUUAAGCUUAUAUUUAUCGCAUUUUUACCUUAGAAAGACCAUAAAAACUAACUAAUGAAAAAUCUUUAACUUUGCACAUGACUGCUAAACAAAAUCCCAACGUCUUAGCAACUUUCGCAGCAAUUUUAGUCGCCAUUUUUUUUGCUAUGGCGACCAAAAUGGUCACAGCUGGGAUCGCUGUUGUUUAGUGAUGUUUAACGUCAUGUUUUGAAAUGUGUGCUCUCUACUGUAGUCUGUUCUGUAGUCAUUAUACUGUGCAGUGACAUGGAUACUACUACUUUAUGAACUAGAUGGCUGAACUUUGAGAAGGUCAUCAACGCUUUACUUUCCAAGCCAGUUUAUUACCUGAGUAUAACGAAGCUACGGACCCAUGCCAAGGAGAAGUGCUUCAUCGAUGACCAUGAAGAGUUUACCACCAUGGUGAAUUUCUAUCAUGACCUGGGGAUAAUUAUCAAGCACCGUCGCACAGUUAUCUUGAGUGCCAAGUGGCUGAUAGACUUGUUCGGGCAGCUGAUCACUAUUCCAGAUUUUGAGAAAAUUGUAAGAUAUACAUUAUAAACUUGUUUUUAAACUAUGGCAAUGGUUGCAGAAGUAUUUCCGGUCGUCGCUUCUCUCCAUAUUCUAGCUGCAGAGAAGCGACGACCAAAAAUACGCCUUAAUUUGUAGGCUAUAUCUAUUGGUACAUAUGUGACCGCUGAAAUCAUGGGUUCAACAAAAUCCCAUUCAUAAUGAGGACGUACGUGUCAUCUGAACAAUAGUAACAAUCUACCUUUAAAGGUGUGCAAUGGAAGUAAGUAAUGGUAACUGUGAAAUCAAUAAAGAUUGUCUCCCCAAUGCUUCCCCUGUCACACCCGUCUUUAUACCGCAUCACUUGGUGCCCAUAAGAGCUGCUCAUAAGCAAUUUACCUUUAAUUGUCGUGAUAUGUAGUCUUAAAGGAACGUCUCAAAACAAAACAGAGUGGAAAGAUACAUACACGUCUGCUGAAACCAGCAACUCUUUAUGUCGACCAAUCAGAACGCACUUUGAAAUUUGGCCCGUAAGAAGUUUCCGCUGAGUAAACCAAAUGGAGGAUGGUGACAUUUACGUGGCGCUUUAACGAGCAUUCUAAAGAUUUAAAAUCUGAGGUCUGCUUGGAAGGCUAUGAUCUUUUUUCGCCCCCGGAAAGAUUUAUUAAGUUAUGCUUUCUAGGCAGUCUUUCGUAACUUCAUUUUUAUAUGCGUCCUCUCACAAAUCCGCAAAUUGCAAGAAGAAACUUUUUUCUCGAAUGCUUAUUUAAAAUGUUUUAAAAAUACAGUCUAGCCUCUCCUUACGGACACCUCUCCAUUAUGGACAGUUCGUUUGGUCCCAGAAAUGCCAAAAAUCUUACAUUCCCUGCCACUAUAAUCUGGACACCUCUGUAAAGCGGACACUUGGUUCUGUCCCUUUGGUGUCCGUAUUAAAGAGGUUUGAACGUAACUUGUUUCUUUUAGUAGACUUACUAAUAAAUAAUUAGUGUAAUAAUUUAGUAGUGUAAAAUGGUCCUACAAGAAAGUUAUUUUGAAAAGUUUUGUGAUCAUUCCUCGUGUUCUUCCGUCUUAGGUCCCUAAGUUUGCAAAGCUCUGGAAGGAAGUCGAAAAAAGCGGUGUUCUCAGCAUGGAACUGCUUGAUCAUGUGUUUUCCAAAUUUCUUCUGAAGGGCGUCGCCAGGAAAGACAUUCUGGAUUUGAUGGAACAAUUUGCUUUGAUUGCUAAAUUUUCAUCUUCAAAGACAGGAGAAAAAUACUUUGUUCCAUCUCAACUCAAAGCGUCACCUGAUUCUCUCUGUUCCAUGACACCCACAACCCUCGACCCUUGUCCCCUGUUUGUUUACUUCGUCAGCGGUUCUGUUCCCCAUGGUCUGUUCACUCGGCUUGUUUCUCGAUCUGUCCGUUGGUGUUCUGAUGCUGGUCCAACUCAGCCCCCUACCCUGUACCAAAAUGGAGCGUGGUUUGUUAUUGGGAAGCAAACUGUCCAUGAUUUUGUUCUUAUUUGUAAGAAGCAGUUUAUUAAGUUUUUUAUCAAGCGAAGAAACCAACCUCAGCAGAUCUCAGUAGAUGACACAAGUGAGGUGGCGGUGCAGGUUCGUGAGUUUGUGGAGGCAACAUUGCAAGCUUUGUCACGUGAUCUCUAUAAAGGUGGAUUGCAGUAUCAUAUUCGGGUCGCCUGUCCGUAUUGUCUGCGGGAACAGUGUCCAAGACAUAAUCAGAUUGCAUGUUCUCAUGAAGAUUGUCUUCACCUCCUUGAAGUGAGACAUGGCGAUCCUCUGAUUUGCAAGGAGAAACCUGUAGAGGAGGUGCUCACAGUUACGGGACACCAAAAGUGGUUUUCACAGAUAUCAACAAAGGUAGGUAGCGGUGACAUGUGAUCUCUAGCAGUGCUGUUAGGAUAUAUCAAGCGAAUACACAUACUACUAAAACUUAUGUCCUUAAAAGGUAGCCAUAUAUUUAAACUAAAAAGGCUUCAACAAAAUCUAUGCAUGCGCUUUGUUAGGUUAUAGUAUGAUGUACAACGUAUGCCUUCAUUUAUCCUACCACGAGCUUCUCUUCAGUGUAAGAGAAGGCUUUGUUGCUGUCAACUUAGCGAACAUUGGUACUUAAUAUCAAGUAAGUUGAUAAGGUCAAUUGGCUACCAUGUAUUACUAAUUGUUAUUGACCUUUAGACAUAGCAGUCGGCAUAUAACUUUUUCUCAAGUCUUUUUGAAUGUGCUGUUUUGCUUUGCUGUUGAGCAAUAAGUUUAUAGCAUCUAACGUGUUAACAUGUUUUGCAAACUUUCAUUCAAAAAGGUAGAACUCCCCAGAGGUAAAAAUUUUUAUUUUAAAGUGUGCGGUUUUGGUUGCUAUACAGGAAGCAUGUACUCCAUCAUCAUCACCUGAUACUGCACAAGCUCGUCCAGAUUGUCUGCUACUGAAAGUUACCCUUCUCGCGAAUGAGUGGAGGUCGUCCAAGGGUGGCUUGUCAACAAUAAACAGAACUCUUGCCAUACAUUUGGCAAAAGACGCAAACGUAGAAGUGACCAUUCUUGUACCUGAAUUUGAGUGUGGCGAAGAGGACAAGAGAGCUGCCAAAAGUCACAACAUUUCCAUCCGGGAAGCAGAGCGCCUUCCUGCCUACAAUGAUCCUCUUGAUUGGUUGAGUUUUCCACCAGAAGACCUUGACAUUCAGGUUGUGAUCGGCCAUGGAGCAAAGCUUGGUAGACAAGCACAGAUUAUAAGAAAGUCUCAUCGCUGUAAGUGGGUGCAGGUUGUUCACACUGAGCCUGAAGAGCUGGCGAUGCAUAAGAACUAUCCAAGCGCCAUUGCCAAGGGAGAAGGGAAGAAUAGAGCUGAAGUUGAACUUUGUCAAAUUGCAGAUCUCAUCAUAGCCGUUGGAUCCAAGUUGAAAGACGCGAUCUCGUCCCAGUUGCGUUCAUCUCGUCGAGAAAUCUUUCAAUUAACACCAGGUUCCUUCACAGAGUUUUCAGAUGUUGAACAUUCUAAACAAGAGAAUGUAAAUUUCAAAGUGUUAACCUUCGGUCGCGGUGAUUUUGAAGACUUUAGUCUUAAAGGAUACGACAUUGCCUCUCAAUCCAUAGUUGAAUUGAAGGACAGUUCCUAUAGUCUUGUUUUCGUUGGUGCAUCCGAUGGAAGGCAGGAUGACGUCGCAGAAAUCUUACUCCAGACUGGCAUUUCAAAGAACCAGCUGAUUGUGAGAUCAUUUGUGAAAGACAAACAUAGACUGAGAGAAUUGUUUUUUGAAGUCGAUCUGGCCAUUUUGCCAUCAAGAACUGAGGGGUUUGGUUUAACAGCAUUGGAAGCCAUGUCAGCUGGUCUUCCCAUUUUGGUAAGUGGAAACUCUGGAUUUGGUAAAGCACUGCGUUGUCUUCCAAUGGGCGAGGCAUAUGUGAUCGACUCUGAUGACCCGAAGGAAUGGGCAAAGGCAAUUGCAGCCAUCCGUCAAAAAUCAAGGACACAGCGGCUUGAAGAAAUCCAAAGACUGCGAAGAAGUUAUGAUGAAAGAUUCUCUUGGGACAGACAGUGCCAGGCCCUUGUUGACAGGAUGUGGAAGAUGGUCUAUGGUAAGAAAUCAAAUUUACCGAUAGAAAAGUAACGAUAAUAAUAAUAAUUAGUACUUGAUGAUUUUCAAAUGCGUAUCUUUUCAGGAUUAUCCUCCAUUUGACCUUCAGGAUUCAUCGUUGUAUGUCCAUUGCUUCUGCAAUAGCGAAUGCAUAAAUACAUGUUGACUAUAUCAUGUUUCUUGGUCCAUGUGCAUCCCUGCAGAAAUAUUGGCGUUAACCUUUUUAACCUUAAUGGUGGCAUUCACAUUCUCCACACUGUUCUUCAUACAUUUCUUGUGUUACUGAUGAGGAGAAUUUGUUUAACAAUCAAGAUCUUUUUUUCCGGCUGAUCAAUUCCAUUUUUUAAAACUUUUAUGUAUAAUUUUAUAACAUAUUGGCUACAAUUGAAAGAGUUAACGAUAAAUUCAAAUUUUAAAUCUAUAAGAUUGCGAUACAUCAAAGUCAUCUGAUUUCUAUUCAUAUCCAGCAGAAAUGGUGGGUCGUCACAAAAUGAAGGUUGGAAUCGUUCAUUUUUUUAAGAGUGACAUAUAUUUUUGUAAAUCAUCGUUUUUUUUAACUUUACAGAUCUUGAAAAAACCAAAGAAGUUGACGUUCCACAGAACGACUGUGAAAAAGAUGCUGUAACAGGACCGAUAGCAGGUAAUUUCAUUGUUUGCUUUGUCAAUUAAACCAAAGACAAUUUAUUUUUGCAGUAGAGUGAGGUUAUUUUCUUCUGUUGAACCAGGAUACUUUCGAUUUUUCGGGUGCUUUUAGCUUUUCAAUGCUUAGUGUAGCAUCUCCAAGUAAACUGAGGUAAAAUAACUGUUUCCCUCUCCCGCUUUCAGGCCAAACCAUUUAAAUUUACUGCUAAUUUUAAAUUUUUACAGUUUGUGCACUGUAAUUUUCAGGGAGUUAUAAUAACUCCUCUAGUGGGGCUAAUUUAACUCCUUACAGUGGAGUUGUUUUUCGUGGAGCUAUUUUAACUCCAAAAAGGAGUUUAAAGAACUCUUUUCAGGAGUAAAAGUGACCCCAGAUAUUGAGGAGUUAAAAUAACCCCAAAAAAGGAGUUAUCCUGUACCUAAAAUUUUUACUCCACUUUCAGAGUUAAAUUAACUCCAAAAAGAGUAAAAACAACUCCUGUAAGGAGUACAAGUAACCCCAUUUCGGAGUAAUUUUAACUCCAAGACUGGGAGUAAAAAGAACUCUUUUUCAGGAGUAAAAAUGACCCCAAAUUCGGAGUUAAAUUAGGAGUUAAAAUAACCCCAAAAAAGGGGUUAUCCUGUACCUAAAAUUUUUACUCCAUUUUUGGAGUUAUAAUAACUCCCUAAAAAUUACGGUGUGAAAAAAGCCGAGAAGAUGACGUUCCAAAGAAUGACUUUGAGAAAGAUGCUGCAACAGGACCGAUGACAGGUGAUGUCAUUGCUUGCUUUGCGAAUUAAGCCAAAGCCAAAAUUAGUUUUGCGGUAGAGUGAGGUUACUUUUUCCUUUUAAAACCACAGUAAUUUUUCUGAAAUUGUCGACUGUUUUAAGCUUCAGAUCAGUGCACUGUGCUGCACCUGUUUAUGGAACUCGCUGCCAUUAACUGUAAGAACAAGUAGCAGCCUCGCCAUUUUUAAAAAGCAUCUUAAAACAUUUCUUUUUCAGGAAGCUCAUAAUUUACUAGAACAACUUUGAAGUUUAAUGCUUUGAAUAUCUUAAUUUCAAUUUUGUAUAGAAUUUUAGACUUUUAUUUUUUAGAUUUUCGCAUAGCAUGGAAUUUUUUAUUAUUAUUAUUAUUAUUGUUAUUAUUAGCUUUUCAGGAACUUUUUUAAUUCUAACUUAAUGUUAAGCACUUUUGAAUAUUUUAUAGUUCUAGCGCAAUACAAAUUCUUUAUCAUUAUCAUUAUCACCAUCUCCUAUUAAACUGGUGUGAAAUAACCUCUAUCUUAUUUUGACUUUUUCAUCUUCCGCUUACAGGUGAACCCAUUUUCCUUGCACUUCAACAAAUCUUGUUGGAAGCACGCAUAGAUUCCAGCAAAACUAAGCUGUCGCAGACUUUAAAGACCACUGCGUUGGAAAAAGGUUUUGCGAUUUCUGACAAUCAAGGAGAGGGAAACUGCAUGUUUUUUGCACUAUCAGAGCAGCUUGUCCUCAUCAAAGGAAUUCAAAUCUCCCAUGAUGAGUUACGCCGAACUAUUGUUCAACACCUUCGGGAAAACCCUAAGCUGGUAAGUGGCUUACUCUUUACACAUUUACAGUAUACGCGCAUAGCCGUCGCAUUUCGCUACAUUUUUAAAUUUUUUAAAGUUAAGAACAAUAAGGCCCUGUCCACACGUAUCCGAAAUACGUGUCCACACGAAGCGUAUUUGAAUCUUUUUCGCCCGUCCACAUAAAAAUGCUAAAAUGACUGAAAUACGAUAGCAUCCCUUUACAGAGCAUGCGCAAUGUUGUGUUCUAAAUCCUCUGUAUUCGUCCAUUCACACGUCGUUUUCCAAAAUCUCUACACUUGGGACCUUUUAUGAAAACCUGCGUUUUUGGUGCCCGAAAAUGCCGAUCACGUGUGGACAGAAGGCUAAAAUGGACAAAUAAAUCUCAGAUAUAAAAAGUAUAUCCGGAUACGUGUUCACGGGGUCUUAAAUUCCUGCGGUUAAAUGCGAUAGCUGUGCGGGUAUGCUGCAAAUGAAUGCACCCUUUAUGAGCAAAACAACAGCUCUACACGAGCAUCACGCUUGUUUGUACUUGCUUCUUCGUCCACUGCACGACUACAAAGCAAAACUUCCUAAGGCGACGUUUUGUGGAGGGUACCGAACACCCGACGGUGAAUUAUUGUUUUCGGGCUUGGAUACAGUCAUUAAAAGCUCAAAUAUAAGAAAAUCCGUCGACUUAUGUUAAAUUAAGCAAGGCUAAAUAAGCGCGAUAAAGUUUGAGAGAACGCACAUUCUUUUCCCAAGUUACUUUUUGUGUCGGAGGCAUAAAUGGAUACGGAGAAAUUUUUUAUCUGUUUUUGUCGGCUCGAUCGUCAUGCUCAUGUCCUAUUUUAUUUUUUAACUGUAUGGUAUGUUGCUAAACGUGAAAUGUCGACCAACACCAGUUUUGCGUGAACAGGAUAUGACUACAUACUGGUUUAAAAGUCGCAAUUUUCAAACUCACAUUAUUUCUACAGUAAACAUCCCUUCCUCCUCCCCUCUCUCUCUCUUACACGUGUAACGGACACCUCCCUACAACUUCCUAAACCUACUCCAGCUCCCUAAAAGUGUUGGUCCUUGUUUUUUGACAUUUUUAAGGAGAGUAGUAUAGGUCACACAGGUUAGACCGCUUUUUGUAGUCGAAUCCUAUUACUGUGAUGACAUGACAUCUUUAUCUCAGCAAUAUAUAAAAUGCGGUGGAAUCUCUUCAAGAUAACGUCACGAGCUAUUUUUAUGUAGUAUUUAGUAUAUCCAAUUAUUCUUAUAUCGAUAAUGUAACUUGUUGGGAUCUUGUCCUUAUUUUGUGAGAAUGAUGUCGUAGAUCAUUCUAAAUUAUGUGCGUCAUGUUUUAAUUUGGUCAUGAAGACACCUCUGAACCAUGACGCCUUCAUUGUCCAUUGCAGACAACUUAAUCUGUGUUCACACUAUACCGUAUAGUUUUUUGGCGGGCACGAGAAUCAUACCGGAUGGGGUUUCAGUUCACACACAAGAACGGUGAUUUCGGCGCGAUUUCUGUUAAACGGAGAGAAGCUGUGCCGCGCCGAUCUCUUAAGUGGAGAGUCACAUAUCGGAUAGAUGUUCACACUAUACUGGAUGGCUUUUCGUGUCGUCACCAAAGCUUAUCUGGUAUAGUAUGAUCAUAGCUUUAUUGUUCUGGUUCCGGUUCACUGAUGCUUGGUGCGCAAAGGAGAUAAAGACGUCAUCGACGUUUAUAUAUUUCACUUUAAGAAAGACGUCUGGCUCGUCCUAUACUACUAAGGUGAAGAAAUCUCUCCUUUAAUACUUGAAUAGGGAUACUCCUAAAACAGUUUACACUAUACUAGUGCUGAUACCAGCGGGGUCAGCCUUAGAGAGAACAGACAGCGCGGCUGUCUAAAUAAAAUACCUUCUACAAAAGCACUCUACCUUUUUCUCUAUUAACUACAGUAUUUUCUUUCUUUCUUACAGCCGGAUGGGACAGAACUGUUUCAUUUUGUUGAUGGAUAUCCAUCUUGGGAUGCCUACCUCACAAGUAUGAUGGCAGAUGGUACAUGGGGUGACCAGGUGAUUCUACACGGCGCGGCAAACUGUUUUCAAACGUGCAUCCACGUGAUCAGCAGUCUGCGGCAUCGCCAUGACGUAAUGAUCUGCCCAGAGUAUGAUGUUGCUGGUCGCAACCGGCUUGUGCUGGGUCACCUGCACGAGCUUCACUAUGUUAGCCUUAUUCCACAUAAAGGAGGUAAAGAUGUCUGA